AGUCCAUUUUAUCUUCAAAAUGAAUCAACACCUGCAUUCACCUACAAAGCUAACUGAAUUCGCUAGAGAUUUCGAAGAUGGCGAACCCGAAUCGUUACUCGACCGUUUUGUUAACAAAAUACAAAAUGUAUAUAAUCAAAGCUAUAAUACUGUAAAUGAAGUAGCUACCACAGCCGGUUGUAGCUCCGCAUCAUUACAAACCUCAAAAUCUGUAUUUUAUGAUGAACAUAAAACUGAUGCCGACACCCGAAUAAAUUCCAGUUCUAAUGUGAAUGUUACAACAAGGGUGCAGCCGACAAACGCCUUCAACUUUACUCAAAAAAUAAACGCUUCUGGAAAUUCCAGUACAAACACAAGCGGCAGUACCGCCGAGGAAUCAAAAAGUGAGGUUGGCGAACAUAUUUUAGACCUACCAAGUGAAGGGCGUACAAUGGUCAAUGUUUUAAAACGCAUCAGCAGUUUGAUGGCCACUAAAAAUAGCGACUUACGGAAUUAUAAAGAUACUGAGCUACAUCGAUUUUGGAUGCCCGACUCUAAGGCCAAAGAAUGUUACGAUUGUGCGCAUAAGUUCUCCACCUUUCGACGCAAGCAUCACUGCCGCCUUUGUGGUCAGAUCUUCUGUUCUAAAUGUUGCAACCAAGUUGUGCCUGGAAAAAUAAUUAUGUGCGCAGGUGAAUUGAAAGUUUGUAACUACUGCUCCAAAAUUGUUCUUAGUUACUUAAAGUCCCCAAACAUAGCGGUUGACUUACACGCCGAUCUGCAGGCGUUGCAACAAGAUCUUACACAAAAACUGGAGGAGAGAAACGAAAGUUUUAAAACAGAAGCAUUGCCCGUAACUACAAACUUGACUCGUAAAGUAUCUGUUGGCUAUCAAGAAGAGCGGUUUGCUACACAUUUGGUCAACAGCUUGUCAGUUGAUGAUCGAAAGAACAUCCUGCAGCAGUCAAAUUCACUAAUAACACUGCACGAGGAUAUGCGACGUCAACUUCCCACACAGAGCUGUGGGGCCAAUCUCAUUGAAUACUUGAUUACGCAUAACAAGUCUUCGAGUAAGGUUCAAGCGGCUGCAAUUUUAAACGCAUUGCUAGCUGCUGGCUUUCUGCAACCUAUAGUACCCGAUUCUGAUCAAAUCGAUUUCGACGAAAAUCUUCAUUACAAGUUCAUUGAACUGAAUAAACAAGGCAUUAUUACCAAACAAUUUCAGGAUCCAACGUCGAUGCAUGAAGCCAUCUGUCCGCGGCUUGAUAACAGCGGUGAACUGCAACCACCCAAGUCUGUGGAUAUUUCCUUAAGCCCUCAUUCCGUCCAAGAUAUGGAAUUAGAAUAUUCAAUGCGUUCCACAACCACUACAACUAAGCUGCUGGAGUCCUAUUGUGAUUAUGAAGAACAGCUACUGACUCAGAUGCUACGAACGUUUCACCUAGAUCUACGUUGGUUCAAAGUGUUAAUGUCCUUAUGCUGCCGUGCAGCUAAUCAUUUCAAACCAGAAUAUUGUACUAAUGACUUAAUGGACAUACGCAAUUAUGUGAAUAUCAAAAAGAUACCGGGUGGUAAACGACAAGAGUGUACGAUUGUAGGUGGAGUUGUUUUUUCAAAGAAUAUCGCACACAAAGGUAUGGCCACGCGCGUUGAGCAUCCGCGCAUUCUUCUACUGCAGUGCCCGAUUGUCUAUGAAAGAAUAGAAGGAAAGUUUGUAAGUAUAUCCACUGUGUUAUUACAAGAAAAGGAGUAUUUACGGCGAGUCUGCGAUCGCAUCAUGAGCUUCAAACCAGAUGUGGUUUUGGUUCAUAAAAAUGUUGCGGGCGUGGCGCAAGACAUGCUUCGUUCUCAAGGCAUUACAUUGGUAUUGGAUUUAAAACUUUCAGUGAUGGAACGCAUAUCGCGUAUACUUCAAUGUGAUAUCGUUACUUCAAUAGAGUCAAAUAUUGCUCGGCCACAGCUUGGAAUUUGUGACGCUUUCUACAUACGAAGUUUUAGUGAUGGUAGUGGUGGUAAUAAGACACUAAUGUUUUUCGAAAAACUUAACAAUCCCCGUGGUUUCACUUGCCUACUACGAGGAGGGACAAAUAAAGAACUUGCCAAGGUGAAGAAAGUCGCAUCGUUUUUGGUUUAUGCCCGAUAUAAUUGGCGUUUGGAAAUGUCAUUCCUCUUGGAUGCGUUUGCAGAUCCUCUCACUCCAAAGCCACCUAUCUUCAAUUCGAAAGAGGCCAGUCCUGAUGAUUUGACAUUUGAUGAUGAGCUAGUAAUACGGUCGACAACUGAAAGAACUAAAGCAUUAUUAGAACGAAAAGCGGAGGAAAAAGUACUGCCAACACGCAAAGAAAUUAUUUCUGUAUCAGAGAAUGUCGCUGACUUUACUGAUCCACUGCGCUCCGCAGAUAUUGCAAAUACAAUGUCAGGUGACCGACCAGUUGAAUUGGCAGUUGAGACACGUUACGACAACCGCUUUCGCAAUGCACUUAGCUCUACUCUACUUUCUGUCAGUCCUUUUCUCAGUUUUCCGUUACCAUAUUUAGAAACCGAACAGGGACGUAAGUGUUCAUUGCGUCGGCUAUUUCCAACUGAGCUAUAUUAUUCCAAAUUGUGGUCGAAUAUAAAUAGUAGCCUGCAUUUAGAUCGCCAUGAAAAUUUGGAACAGCUUAAAAAUGCCUUUAAUGAUACUCAGCUAGGAGCGCCACAUCCAUUUUUGAAACUUAAAAUUACUACAGCUUGGGAUAAUCGCGACAUACAAACACUACUAGCGGAAUUUCGUGCAUACGGCGGUCGCUAUCCUAAAAAACUGAAAAUGUUUAAAAAGCUCAAUCAAGUUCCACAAAAGGUGGUUGAGGAACAUUUGCAUAAGGACGCCCUGGAUUUGGAAAACCAUCAACGCCUGCCGGUGUUAUUCUGCAGCUUUUAUUUCAACCCGAAAUCAGCAUCUUCCUUUUGUGCACCACCAACACUGUUGGAUAUGAAAUUCUAUGGCCAACACGACAUUAUGCUUGGACAAUUCCUUCAGCGGUAUUGCUGUCGUUUGAAUUCGAUGUGCAGGCUUUGCAAUUUGCCAAUGUUGGGUCAUGUACGGCGUUAUGUUCAUUCCAUGGGAUGUGUGCAGGUCUUCCUUAGCGAGGACAAUACAAAAACUGAUCCGAAUCGCAUUUACUUUACGGCCUGGUGUACAAUUUGUAAUGAUAUGACGCCAAGUGUACCACUCUCUGAAAACACUAAAUGCCUUUCCUUCGCCAAGUAUUUGGAGCUUCGUUUCCAUGGUCAUGCCUACAAGAAACAACCAGUUAUUACCAACAGUUCGCCCGGACUAUCUCCAAGCUGUGGUGAAGUGAUUCAGUGUCAGCAUUCAUUACAUCGUGAUUAUGUACAUUAUUUCACCUAUCGAGGAGUGGGUGCCAAGUUUCUGUAUACGCCUAUUGAAGUAUGGGACAUUGGCUUGCCUGCACUAAUAUUAGAUUUACAACCUUCAAAAGUAUUAGACCGCUUCAAAUACCUCGAAGAGAUAAAACAUUUUUCUAUGAAAGGUCAUGAAGUUUAUACACGCAUUCAUGAGCGUAUCGCUGACCUAGCUACCGAGGACGAAACUUUAGCGAUGGUGAUCAAUCUUAAGACAGCAUUGAGCAAAGAUCAAUUUAUUUUCAAACAACAUAUAGAAAUUGUUCAAACUCUACUUACAGAUCCCCAUGCCAGUGUGCAUGACGUGAGUGAUGCUUUACUUAUGUCAAAACGUGUACUAGCUGAGAGUAUUGAUUUGUGGGGUCCACGGGUUCACGAUAUUGUUUUAGCGCAAAAAGCCGUGGUAAAACAGUUGCAGCAAGUACAACCUGCUCAGUCGCACACAGAUUCAGGAACAAUUUGCACUGAAAAUUUGCGCCCAGAGUAUUCAGACGGUGCUUCAAAAGGCUCAGAAAUAUCCCGUUUGCUAGCCGUGCCAUCGCUAAGUGAUGACACGUCUUCGCAUUCAGAUGAUAUUGCCGCAGAGUCCGAAAUAGAUUCCAUAAACAAUGCACAUAUAAUGGGGGAUAAAAAAUCAUCAAAUGAGCAGUUGCUAACGACAGCCGGCAGUACAGACAAAAAGUCUAUAAAAAAAAUACUUACACAGCUUUUACCUUCCGCGGGACCGACAAAUUUGCUACAUUCACCUUUUUCAGCCCAGGAGCAUUAUACUCUCCCCCUGGGCGCAUUCCCGAUACUUGUUCACGAUCAAGAUUUAAGCUCACUAAUUGCAUACUGUUUGACAUCAAAUGACUACCAGCGCUUAGUGGCUACUUCAAGCAGUACCACCAGCGGUGUGGCUGUACACACCCCUAGUUUUGACAACGCGAACAAUAGUGAUGCUACAUGUCAAAACAAUCCCAGCCCAAAUUUAAAGAGGAAAUCACAAGAAAACUCACAAGAUGGCGAUGAAAGUGAUAAAAAAGAAGUUUCGAAUAACAAUACAAACGUAGAUGAGGAGCGCAACAAAUCCAAAACUAACUCUUCGCAUCUGGAGUUAAUAUUCCAGGACAAUGGUAAACAGUUUACAUGCAAAAUUUAUUUCGCAAAAGAAUUUGAUUUGAUCCGAGCCAAGACGUUAAAGCCGCCUAAAGUUGAGAAAUCGCUGUACAAAGAGAUUGAGCAGAGCAAAAAACGAGAGGAGUUGAAAGUAUCUCAAAGUCGCAGUGGGCCUGAAAUGGAAUUGGUGCGCAAGCCCAGUGACGCCUGUGGAUAUGUGCCAGCAGACGCAAAUAAAUCUAAUAGCGGUGGAAGACUCGAUGAAAAGGCUUUGAUGCAAUCGGAAAUUGAGAAAUGUCGGAAUUAUCUAGCUCGUUCACUUUGCAGCAGUGUUCAAUGGGAGGCGAGAGGCGGUAAAUCUGGCUCGAGAUUUUGCAAAACAUGGGAUGAUCGCUUUGUUUUGAAGGAGAUGACUAAAACUGAUAUCAAUAUAUUUGAAAACUUCGCACCAAAUUACUUUGAGUACAUUACCAAAUGUCAGCAACAAAAUGAACCAACCUUAUUAGCUAAAAUUUUCGGGGUUUUCAAAGUUACUGUCAAAAAGAAAGAUUCAAUAGCGGAAAAAUCACUACUGGUUAUGGAGAACCUUUUUUUUGGCUGUGAUAUCAAAAACAAAUUUGACUUAAAGGGUUCCGAACGCAACCGCUUAGUAGAUCCAACCGAUCAGCAGGGUGAAAUAGUGCUGUUGGACGAAAACUUAGUGCAAAUGUCUUGGUCUAAGCCAUUAUAUAUUUUAUCACAUAGCAAGGCAGUCCUUAAAGAUGCUAUCAAUCGAGACUCUACUUUCUUGGAAAAAAACCAAGUAAUGGAUUAUUCGUUACUUGUAGGCUUGGACCAUAAAAGUAACGUGCUGGUAUUGGGCAUAAUUGACUAUAUACGAACUUUUACUUUUGAUAAAAAGGUUGAGUCCUUUGUUAAACAAACUGGUAUACUUGGUGGCAUUGGAAAACUACCAACUGUUAUAUCGCCAGAACGUUAUAAGCAGCGCUUUAUCGAUGCCAUGGAUCGCUAUUUUUAUACAGUACCAGAUCGCUGGGAAGGCCUGUCGAAAAUUUGAUAAAUAGUGACAUAAUGAAGCAGCAGCGAAUGAAUUAAAUGGUAUCUAUCAAAGUUAUGUAGCAUUGCUGCGCUAUAAAAAUGCAUGUAUUUCUAAUGAA